AUGUCGAGGCAUGUAUGGGUUCCAUUCGAGCGGAAGCUCCUCAGCACGACGGUAACAUGUGACACGACGGUGGCGGCGAGUUUUCUGCAAGAAAUCCAAGGUACCCUACCAAAACGCCGCAUGAUCGUUGGAUUGGAUACCGAGUGGAAAAUGCCCGAUGGCAACGGCUUCAAGACGGCCCUCUUGCAGUUGUGUGUUGGAACCAGUGUGCUUAUCUUCCAGGUCCUCUAUGCCGCCGCCGGCGACCUCCCCGAAGUCUUGAAGAGGUUUCUGACAGAGGAGAACCACAUCUUCACCGGUGCACACAUAGAGAACGACGUGAAGCGGCUGCAGGAGGACUUCGGCGUCACAAUAAGCAAUCCAACUGACCUCCAAAUUGCAGUCCCCCAAGCCGCUACCAGAUAUGAGUACCUCGGAGGAACCCAUCCCAUUCACGGACGGCGUCGUUCGUCGCUCGAGAAGAUUGCGAGAGAAGUACUGAACCUACCUCAUCUCCAGAAGAUGGACGCCGACCAAACAAACUGGCACGCACAGGAUUUGGACACCUUGCAGGAGACAUACGCCGCCGAAGACGCGUACCUGUCCUACAAGAUUGCAAAUCAACUAGUGAUCAAGGAUGGCUAUAGAUUUUAG